AUGGCCACAGAGCGGUGGCAGCGCAGCUGGCGUCACACCUUCGGAGGGCGGGCCUUUGGACACCUGUCAGUGGCGCACUUCAAGGCCCACGUGGCAGAUCCGCGGCUGCCGCCGCAGCGCCCGAUUCCGCCAGCGGCAGUGGUGGGCCUCGCCCUCCUAGGCGAGAGCUGCGCUCGGCACUGUGAAUUUCAAGGCCAGACCUGCGUCGAUGCAGAUUUGGCUGCUGUUGCUGCCUGCGCGCCUCCGCUGACGCUUGCCUUUGGCUGCCGCGUGUGCGAGGAAGAGGCGGAUACGGCAGCCUUUCCAGGGCAGCACCGCGACACAGGCCGCUGUUCAGCGGGCCAGAGGGCACAAGGCUCUGGGCUGAUGGCCGGGGAUUGUGCUGCCCACGCCCCGCGGGUGCGGCGGCUCUGUGUGUGUCGUCUCCCGCUGGCGUCAAAGGCACACCUGCGACUGCUGAGUCCUGGUCUCCACUUUGCGCAUGAGAGCAAGAAGUCCAGCCAGGAUGUGGCGUCAGUUGAGCGCAUGGAGGCGUUCAAGUCAGCCGCGAUCAAAGCCAGGCCUGGGCCUGCCCCAAUGGGCGUCUUCGCUUCGGGGCGAAGCCUCUCAGAUUUGCUGCCCGUGCGCAUAUUCGUGCUCCUUUUUGUGGAGAAUGCCACGUCGCAGUCCUUGCUCGCCCUGAAGAAUGUGACUGGAAUUCAGCCGAGCAAUGUGCUUGUUGCUGGCAACUUGCCAGAAGGGUGGGAGGCCUUCGGCUUCCACGGUCUGGCGCUAGGCAAGAGCCCAAAGCGUUCAGAGGCCUUGCGCAAGGCAGUAUCCAUGGCGAGCCAGGCUGCGUCGCUGCUGAUCUUGGAGGAAGGCCAGCGCCUCUCACGGGACCUGCUGAUCUUCCACGGUCAGCUGGCGCCGCUGCUUCAACGUGAUCCGAGCUUGUGGUGCGUCAGUGCCUGGAACGACUAUGGGCUGGCGCCAUAUGCCGCUGAUGCCACGGUGGUGUUGCGUUCGGACUGGUUCUCCGGGGUGGCAUGGAUGGCAACCAUUGAUACGCUGACCCAAGAGAUAUUGCCCAAGUGGCUGGAGGCGCGGUGGAAGGAGCACCUGCGGAAGCUGUUCAAUGGCAGGCAGUGCCUGCUGCCGGAGGUGUCACGGGCGGUGCCAGCGGCCGAAGGAGACGACGCCGUGGGCGUGUCGAUACUUGCCAGCACUCCCGUUGUGAGCAGCGGCUGGGUAGACUUGGGUGAUGUUUCUAGGCUCGAAGAGAAGAAGUACCUCAAGCUCUUCCUCUUUGACUGGCCUGGAGAGGGUUUGAGCCGUGCUCGGCCCAUGGCCUCCGUGCGACCGCUGGCAGAUGGCCGGGCCAACACGGCUGGACCCCACAGCCUGGUCGUCCGGUGCCGCGAUGAGAAGGAUCCUACUUGGAAGGCGGUGGCCAAUUUCUUCGGCCUUUGGCCGCAGGUCUUGCGGGGCUUUUGGGGAGUGCUGCGCCUGCGGUGGCGGGACAGCGUCGUCUUCCUGGUGGCCUCCUACUCCUCGUUGCUAGAGCAGGCAGUGGACUCAUCGGUCAGCGCUGCGAAUCUUUCCAUGAUUGCAGCUAGGCUGAAGACCAAGCUGCCCGUGGAUCCCAUGCUCCUCUACGGGUUGACUCCGCCCUUCCUUCGACCCCCUGGCGGAGAGGUCCAUGCGGCACUGUGGUCUGGAGCUGACUGCCAACAGACUUGCUCAUCGUUUGGCCUCACCUGCUUGGAUGAGGACCUGCUCUUCAUCAACCACUGCGCUGCGUUGGGCAGCAUCUUCAGCUGCCGGGCGUGCGAGCCAGGUACGGGCGCUGUGCUGCCUGCACAGGUGGAUGGGGGUGACGAUGCCUUUGGGCUCUGCUUCUUCGGCGUUUCAAUUUCGCAGACAGCGCCCCGCUGUGCAGCUCAGCGGCCAGAGACGCGCCGGCUGUGCGCUUGUCGGCCGGUGGUCCAGUGGCAAGCCUCCGUCUCCGAGGUGGCAAAUGCCUCCGAGACUGCCCCAGGAGUGCUGAUCCCGCAGAGUCUUCGCAUGGAUGGCCUGGAGGCCGCGCAGGCCCUGCAAGAGCAGCUCUCGCAGCUCUCUGAGCAGCCAGCCUUCGUGGAGCGUUUGGAGACGAAGCCGCAGGACCUCCCCGUCUUAGUGGUGGCCAGCGGAGGCCGCAACGAGCUUCUGGAGCGGUGCCUUCGGUCCCUGGCGGCGCUGCCGGGCUACCGCAGGGAGAGGGUCCUGGUCUCGCAGGAUGGUCCAGAUUCACGGGCUCAGUGGGUGGCCCAAGAUUUGUUCAAGGUGUCCUGGGUUCUGCACGACCAAGAAAGCGUGGCGGGCUUCGAUGCAAGGGUCUCUGAGCACCACAGGGAAGCAAUCACCUAUGCGCUGCACAAGCAAUUUCCAGAAGCUCGCUCCUUGGUGGUGGUGGAGGAGGACAUGGAAGCGUCCAACGACAUGCUCUGGUACUUUGCACAGCUCGAGCCCCUCCUCCACAAGGAUGCCACUCUCUGGUGCGUGGGUGCCUGGAAUGAGAAUGGGGUUGCGCCCUAUGCUGCAGACCUUUCCGGACUUCUGCGCAGCGAUGUCUUCGCAGGAAGCCUCGCCUGGAUGCUGCCCGCGGAGCUCUUCCGCCGGGAGCUGCUUCCGCGAUGGCCCUCCACCGACUGGGCCCAGCACUUGCGCAGCCGCGUCAUGGCUGCCGGUCGCCAAUGUAUCGUUCCGGAGGUGAGCCGUGUCCGCCACCUGGGCCGCGACACCCGCAAGGAUUCCGCAGGAGCGCCGGAGGCAGCCGCCGUGCAGGAUGCUCGGUUGCUCUUUGCCACGGGGUCUGCAGAUUUCAGCGCUGCGGUGGCUGGCGCAGGGUUAGAGGAGUACCGCGCUGCAAUGCGCGCAGCGGUUCUUUCGGCAACCGUCCUGCAGGACCUGGCACACCUCCCAACCAUGGUGGUAGGUGCGCGCACGGAGCCCUGGCAGUUGUUGCGAGGUUUUCGUCUCAACCUGGAGAGCUCUCUGAAUUCUCGAGAGGGCUGGGCGUCGGUUGCGGACUUCUUCAAGCUCUCCAAGGCCACUCCACCUGCUGGGCUUUUCGAAGGUGUCUUGCGCUUGCGCUGGGGCGCUGCAGUCAUCUUCCUGGUUGUGGAGGGAGCCUCUUUGCUUGGACAGGAGGCGAAGCUCGACAUUCCGCCAGUGUCCGCGAAGGCGCUUCAAUCCGCAGUGCAGCCCAUGCUAGUGCCGGCUGAGAAUGUGAUACCAGGCAGGAAGGAGGACGCGGGCAGGUCUUGCAGUUCGCUGUGCGAGUCGGUGGGCAAGACCUGCAUCGCAGCAGAUUUGCUUUUCCUGAACGACUGCCGGGCCUUGCGCCAGUUCUUCAGCUGCAGCCGUUGCGAGGCCAGCGCUGGAGUGGAACAACCAGCACUCGUGACGCCCAAGAGGGGCAGCAAGAACUCCGGCGCUUGUCUCUUCAACUCAGACGUACUGCGACAUCCUCCUUCUUGUGAGGUAGCCCAUGCAGAUACUCAACGCCUGUGUGCUUGCCGGCUGCCACUGACGGCCGCAGCAGCUGUGCUCAGGGCUUCCACUGAGUCGCCUCGCCGAUCACAGGCGCCGCCUCGCUUGGCAGCGACUGCCGAGGCGGCUGGCUGGAAGCCCGGGCUGCGGGCGGAGGCUUACCAGGGCAUGCAAGCAGCUUUUACGAAGGUGCCGCAGGCGGCUGAGGCCGUUGACCUGUCGUUCACCCUACUGCUGGUUGCUACUGGUGACAGCGCCUCUACCCUCAAGCAGACGCUGCAGUCUGUACAGGCAGCCAGGGGCUUCUCCUCGAGCAGCUUGCUGGUUUCCCUUGGGUGCUGUGGGUUGGAGGUGGAGGCGUCCCGCCGCAUGCUGGAGGUGGAGUUUCAAGAUGUGCCGCUUGCCGUUGAGGACGCACCGCCUGGCGGAUUGCGAGGCCGCACGCGCUUCCUUGCCCAGUCCGAGCGAGACACUGGGCACCUGCGAGCUGCUUUGCAGCGUGCCUUGCGUGCGCCCAAGAACCGCAGCUUGCUGGUGGUGCACGAGGGGGCAUUGCUGUCUCCAGACGCUUUGGGAUUCUUCGGCCAGCUGGAGCCCUUGCUCGAAGAGGAUCCCACCAUUUGGUGCAUCGGCGCUCGAAACGACGCGGGCCUGGCGCCCUACGUGGCUGAUGUCACCGCGCUGCUCCGCACCGACUGGCAUCCCGCGCGCCUGGCCUGGCUGAUGCGCGGUGAGCUGCUGCAGGACCUUCUGACACGCUGGCCGGAGCGGGAGUGGGAGAGUUUCCUUCGUCUGGACGAGGAGCGAUUGGGUCGGCAAUGUGUGAUCCCGGAGGUGUCUCGCUGCCACUCUGUUGGACCACCUCCCUCCAUCGAUGAUCCCGCUCUGCGCCGGACUGAGCGUGCCGCCUUUGAUGACUUCCAGCGGACGAUCUUCUGGAACCAGGACCUGCCGUUUGUCCACCUCGGCGAUCUGAAUCGCAUGAAGGAGGCGUCUUAUGACCAGCUCUUGCUGUUCGACUGGCCCGGAGAGGAAGGUCUUGCGAAGAGCACCCGUGUGCUGCCACGAGAACUUCCGGAGAUCUCCACGGGCAACUACCACCUGGUGCUGGAGGACCGCCAUGGGAGCUGGUCGCGAGUGGCUGCCUUCUUCCGGCUUCCUUCAAGCAAGGAGAUGCGAAUUCCCACAUCCUACCAAGGCACCCUCAGGCUGCGCUGGCGUGGGGCUGUGCUGCACCUGCUGCUAUGGAGCUCGCCCUUGUUGGCGGCAGCAGGAAUUGCUCCACAGGAGGCCCGUCGCGGGCAGGACUUCCCCCUGCAGCCAGCAAUCCUGCGAGCCCCAGUUGUAUCUGUUCUCGUCGGCUCUGCUGGCUCGAGCUGUGAUGCCACGUGUGAGGCCUCUGCCUCCAGGUGUCACGACUCGGAUCUGCUCUUCCUCAACGGAUGCGGCGCGAUCCGGCAGAUCCUGGGGCGGGAGUCCUGCGGGGAGUGCCUGGCUGCAGAGGGCCAGGAGCAUCCCUCGGCCGUGCUGUUGGACUCCCGCAUGUCAGCCGAAGCGCCUCACUUCCGGCCAGACUUCAAGGGCAAGUCCCUCUUGGAGCAGGGCCCAGCCCCUGGCAGCUGCCUUUGGAGUGCAAACCUGGCGGAGCCGCCCGCCUGCAGCGCCUCUCAUCAACAGCUGGCCAGAUUGUGUCCCUGUCGGCCAAGCCCAGAAGUGACGCCAAGUCCGGUGACAAGCCCAAGCACGAGGGUCAUUUUCAGGGACCUGGCGCCCAUCAGCCUCGUCGCGGAGAAGCUGCCGCCGCAGCGCUGCGGCGCCGCGUUUGGCAACCGCCUGGGGGCAGACUGCGCGGCUGCGAACAUGUGGUGCUGCUCCGCAGGGAUGUGGUGUGGGAACAGCAACGAGCACUGCAGGAGCCCUGACCACGAGUGCCGGGGUGGUGCGUCUCCCCACGUCUUCUGUGGAGCAGGGUGGACCUUGCGUCUGCCAGCGUUCAACCUGGCGCCCCUGGCGGAGCGCUGA